AAAUUUGUAAAAAUAUGAGCACGCAACUUUCAAAUCAAGAAAACCCUGAACAAGCUAUACGAAGCUAUUUGCUCAAUAUUAUUGCUUCUGGAGUUCUUAUUUUUAGAAAUUUAUCUUUGGAUUAUCAAUUAGAUCUUAUUCCU